AUGCGUUCCUCCAGGCUCUGCUGCUCGUCCAGGUCGCCCACCUUUGCGCGAUGGCAGCGCAUCGGCACAUUCGCCCUGCUGGGCCUCAUCGGCAUCAUCCUAUCACUGACCUUCAUCCACCGCGGCAUCUUGCCCAUCCUCGCCUGGCUCCUUCCCGGCGCCCGCAACUUCUUCUAUGAUCUCGUCGUCUACGGCUCCUAUCCUACCGCGCAAUACGUCUCGUUUGCGCCCCGGUCUCCCGAUGGCAUCUUCGCGCGGCGGGAUGAGCGAUGUGACGACGGCAUGGUUUUCAUCGGCCCUUACGACAAAUCGGUGGAGAAUCCGGGGCCCGUGAUUCAGGACUCGAAUGGAGAGUUGGUGUGGAUGUCGGAGGACUUUGGCCAGGUGACCAACUUUCGCGUGCAGCGCUACCAAGGCGAGGAUUACCUCACCUUUUGGCAUGGCGAGAAGCACGGCUCGUCCGGCCAGGGCUCCGUCGUCAUGCUCGACUCGACUUACACCGUCGCUCACGAGCUUCACGCCGUCGGCCACGGCUUGAAAGCCGACCUUCACGAAUUCCAACUCACCGAAGAUGGAACGGCGAUCCUAUCGAUUGUCAACGACACCACCGCAGAUCUCCGAGCAAUGGGAUGGGGUCACCCGCAGGAUGGUUGGAUCACGGAUUGCAUUUUCCAGGAAGUCGACAUUGCUACAGGCCGACUUGUGUUCCAGUGGAGAGCAUCGGACCACUUCAAAGCCGAGGAUUCAUAUUAUUGGCAUCCCUUCGGCGGCUAUGUCAAGGAGAUGCCGUUUGAUUUCUACCACAUCAACAGCGUUGAGAAGGAUCCGGACGGCAACUUCCUCCUCUCCUCCCGCCACUUCCAUCACGUCCUCUACAUCAAUGGCUCCUCGGGCGAAAUCAUCUGGAUCCUCGGCGGCCAUCGCUCCACGAAUCAAUUCACCGACCUAUCCGACGGAAAGGCUACCGGCUUCCAAUGGCAGCACCACGCCCGCUGGCUCUCCUUCGAAGACAAAAUCCUCAGUCUCCUCGACAACGGCAUCGCCGGCCCGCUGCACGUCGACGCCCCUUACAGCAAGGGCCUCAUCCUCCAACUCGACACCAACAAAUUUACCGCAGAAGUCCUGCACGAGUACAUCUCGCUCGGCAAAGCGCGAGCCGCGUCGCAAGGCUCGCUGCAGCGCCUGCCCAACGGCAACAUGCUGAUCGGCUGGGGCGCCACGGCCGCCUGGUCCGAACACACAAUCGACGGCGAAGUGGUGUGCGAAGGCCACUUCGCCGCCUCCUGGAGUUUCUGGUGGGAGCGCGUGAAGAGCUAUCGCGUCUUCAAGUUCCACGGCUGGAUGGGCAAUCCCGUCUACCCUCCGAGUGCACGCCUGAAAGACGGACAACUGUACAUGAGCUGGAACGGCGCGACCGAAGUGCACUCGUGGGAACUGCACGGAGUACGGCGGCAAAGCGAGCCCAACACGAACGCCUUCGCCCCCAACACCGGCGAAAUCCGCGAGCCCGUGUUCGAAGCCAUCCAAACGCAAGAAAAGCGGCACUUCGAGCAGUCCUUCGACCUCGCGCCCUACGAGCGCGAAUUCGAGCAUUUCCGCGUCGCCGCCCUCGACGCCAACAUGCAGGUCCUCCGCGUUUCCGAGCUCGCUACCCCCGUCGAGGACUCGUACUCGGACUCCUUUGCCGUCGUCACGGCGAUCUGCGCUUCGGUCGUCAUCCUCGCGGGCAUUUUGUGGCUUCUGAAUUGGUGGACUCGACAGGGGCCCGAGAGCGCGUGGGUGCGGUGGGCGGGGGCCAAGGCGCCCUCGCUGUUUGGGAGGGAGUAUCGGUAUAGUAAACUUUAG